AAAAUUGUUUCUCAUAUUGGUAGAAAAACUAUAAUACAGGCUUUGAAAAGUUUUGGUGAAUCUAUUUUUAAUAUUCAAAAACAAUUACAUCAUAAAAGUGAUAAAAGUUUGCGUUCAUAUUUAUCAACAG